AUGACGACAUCGAAAGAAUGGCAGAAGAUGCUCAAUGGCGAGCUCUACGCUCCUUGGGAUGCAGACCUUCAGGCCAAUCGGCAGCGCUGCAAAGAAGCAUGCGACAGGUUCAAUCAAGCUGGGCAGGUCGCUCGGCGGCGCAGGGUGGAACUAUGGCGGGACAUCCUAGGUGAUACGCGCCCUCUGCCUCCAGCCCAUUCCGAUCCUCGGGAGGAUGAGAAGCUCUUUGACGAUACAGAUCCCUAUGUGGACCCUCCCAUCUCGGUGGAUCACGGCUUGAACUUCAAGGUCGGCAAAAAAACCUUUCUGAACUACAACCUUCAUGUCCUGGAUACAUGUCCCGUGACCAUUGGUGAAAGGGUGCUUACCGGUCCGAAUCUUUGUAUCUACGGGGCUACCCAUCCUUUGGACCCAGCUGUGCGACGGGUACGGUGGGAGCUGGAUCUGUGGUGA